AUGGGAACUCGUGGAUAUGACCGAAUGGAGGGUGCUUCAGCACACUACGCCUCUUCCAGUGUUCACAUGUCAGGCCCCCAAUCUAGCGGGGCGUCUGUUGCAUUUGGGGGAGAACCAGACGUACCGUCUGCUGCGGUGUACAGAAGAAACAGAAGAAAGGCCACUCUAAAGAUGGUUUUAGUUUCCGUUAUACUGGUCUCCUUUCUGUGCAACUUUGACCACGGCGUGAUCCCCGCAAUCCUCAGCGAAAUACAAAAGAACUUCAACAACCAGAUAAAAUUCGUGGAACAAAGCCUCUUCGGAUCUCUCGUCUACUUCGGGCUUAUCAUCGGCAGUCUCUUUGCAGGCAUUGCUCUGCAAAGCUAUGGAGCCAAAUGGCUUCUAGUGGGAAGCUUGCUUUGCCUUUCGUCUUCCCUAUUUUUCUUUUCUAGUUCGAACAGCCUUCUGCUCAUGUACUUCACGCGGUUCAUCACGGGCUUGUGUCAGGCAGUGCCUGUGGUUUAUUUACCCGUUUGGGUUGACGACUACGCACCCGAGGGUCAAGUGACUCGGUGGAUGUCUUACACCCAAUUGGCAGGCAUCGGAGGAACUGUCAGCGGUUAUUUCAUUGGCGGUGUUGUUUCGCGUUUCACUGUACCCAGCGGCGAAAGUGGAUGGCGAACUCCUUUCUUCGUUCAAUCCGUGGCUCUUAUUCCGGUUGUUCUGCUUCUUGCUGCCUUGCCUGCAAGCCUCGUGAAUCUUCCUGAUAGAAGCCAAACUCGUCCAGAAAGACAGAGGUGGGGAUCCAUAUGUUAGACCGGUUUGAGUACGAUUGGCGAGACUGAUUCAUCUGGCCAGUCCUGCAUGCACAACUUCUCUACUGCCUGGACUGAGGUCAAGUCUCUGCUCAAAAAUCCUCUCUACUUGGUGGUUACCAUGGGAAUGAGUGCGCUUUACUUCGUAGUAACUGGCAUUCAGUUCUGGGUUACAGAGUUCCUGGUUUCAGUGCUUCACUUUCAAAAGCUCUCAGUGGUUGCUUUAAGCACAUUCUGCUUCCUAACCGCCCCGACAUCUGGAGUCUGGUUUGGUGGAUACGUCUGCGAUCUCUGCGGAGGAUACCGAGGUGGCGGGCAGCAGCGAGUGGCAGUUAGAGUCACAACCCUUUUUGCGGGUAUCGGAGCAUCAUUGGCAGUGACUUGCAUCUAUGUGGAAUCUUUUAUCCUCUUCGCUCUUCUUCUUUGGGGCUGUCUGUUUUUCGGAGCUGCUUUGGUUCCCGUUGCUGUGGGCAUUCAACUCGCCAGCGUUCCGCUCCACCAGCGUAGCAUUUCUUCUGCCCUUAGCCAAUUCGCGUACAACAUGUUCGGCUGGUUUAGUGCCCCACUUGUCUCUGGUGUGGUGAUGGAUUUCAUUGACUGGUGCCACCCAGCUGGAGGCAAAGAACUUGCGCUGCGAUUUGGAUUUGAGAUGAUUCUUUGGAUUUCUGUUGUUGGCUUUGUUCUUUUCGCUGUUGCAAACACACUUACAUUUCCUUCCGAAGACAUCGAGAAGGAAGAGCUGGAGCUACAGCUCGCGCGUACACGAAUGCCAACAUUGUCUUUUUAA